GGAGUCGGAGGCGACCUCAGUUCGUUCGGUUCUGCUAGGGUUUCUUCCGAAAAAAAAAAAAAUUCGAACUGAGGUCAUCAGAGGAUGUUGUCCAGUGUACUUAUGUGGCUUCUCAUUGCCGUAUAUUGAUACUUGAAGUGCUGGUCGGUGUAUGCCUGGAAGGUUGGAUGGUUUUCCGUGAUUCUUUGAUACCGAAUAUAUGAUUUUAUGGCCUCUCAGUACAGCUUCUUGACUCCGUGGUGAGCCGAUUGAACCCUCAUUUGUGUUUGUUAUUUUGUGGCUGAUUGCACAACUGAAGUUAAGUGCUUGAUUAUUGUGACAUUACUAUUGGGUUCAAUCAUAUCUUGUGUUCAAUCUGUUCGGCUAAUUGCAUUAUUGGAGUUCAGUGGAGUUAAUACUGAUGGCUUCGGCUUCUGGAUCAUCUACUGGUCUUACACAUUUUCAAUUGACAUCUGUCAAGCUGGAUGGAACUAAUUAUCCAUCGUGGUCUAAAGCUGUAGAAGUUUAUCUUACCGCCACUAGACAGAAUGAUUAUCUUACGUCUACAAUCCCCUCGGAUAAGAGUAAGAUAGAUGAUUGGGUUGCAGGAGAUGUGAUGAUCCGUACACUGUUAUGGAAUAGUAUGGAUCCUAAGAUUAGCCCUCACUUCAUUCAGUGUACUUCUGCUAAGGAAGUUUGGGAGAAAUGUGCUUUACUUUAUUCUGGCCAGAACAAUAUGAUACGAGUGUGUGACACAUGGGAGGCUCUAUUUGAUCUUUAGCGUGGAGAUCAAUCUCUAUCUGAAUAUUAUGCUCGUUUCACUACACUUUGCCACCAACUAGAUGCUUAUCUUCCAGCUUUAACUGAUCCAAAUGUUUUAGUCAAACGCCAGGAGGAUCUUCGAGUGAUACUAUUUCUUAAAUCACUAGGGCCUGAAUAUUCUUCCCUUUGUCAGCAGAUUACAUCUGAAAGCUCCCUUGCUGCAGUUGUUGAGGUUUUCUCCCGAGCCCUUCAUUCGACACCUACUGCUAAGAUCUCAAGUACAACUCUAGAGACAAGUGCCAUGAUCUCUCAUGGCUCUAGUGGACGUAGAGCUCGUGGUCGUGGUUAUCGGGGUCAUGGACGUGGAUCUAUUCAGAGUGGAAGUCGUGGGAGUCGUGAUAGAAGUAUUGGUAGCCGUGGCUUUCGUUAUUGUAAUCAUUGUCGGAGGGCUGGACAUACAGAACCUUACUGCUACACGCUUCAUCCAGAGCUUCGACCUACACUUGCUGCAUUUGCUGAAGUGGACGAUUCUUCCUCAUUAGCUCAACCGGAUCCUACUACUGUGCAGAAUACAAGAGAUUCGGUUACAUUGACACGUGCUGAAUAUGAGGCUUGGAUUCGCUCCCAACAGGUGACAGGACCUUCAGCUCCCACUGCAACUCUGGCACAUAGCUCAAAAGGAUCUGAGGACUGGACAGGUGAUUGGUGGGGGACAUGAAUCAAAUGGCCUAUACUAUCUAGAUAAGAAGGUGAUAGCUGCAGCAGCUGUGAAGCGCACAUCCACUGAUGUGUAUCGGAUGCAUUGUCGUGCUGGUCAUCCACCACCGAACAUUCUUCGACAAUUGUUUCCUGAGUCUGAGUCUGUGAGUACUUUUGAGUGUGAAACUUGUCAGUUUGGAAAACACCAUAGAGUUUCUUUUCCUUCUCGCUUUCAGAGUCGUGUGUCUAGUCCCUUUGAGCUAGUUCACUCAGAUGUAUGGGGUCCGUGUCGUGUUUGUGAUACAUCUGGUUUCCGGUAUUUUGUUACAUUCGUGGAUGAUUUUUCCCGAAUGACUUGGUUGUUCUUAAUAAAAGAUCGUACUGAGAUUUUUCAUUGCUUUCGUCGAUUCUACUUUGAGGUGUUGAAUCAAUAUAAUACUUCUGUCAAAACUCUACGGUCCGAUAAUGCAAAAGAGUGUCUUGUUGUUGCCUCUGGUUUUCAACCUUUUCUUGAUUCUCAUGGCAUUAUUCAUCAAACUUCCUGUUCAUAUAC